GAGUACAGUACCAAGCCUUUUUCUCCGCAUCAUGUCCUCGUAUUCGCCAGUGCAAGUCUCCCAGUUUCCGAGGUCCCAAAUCACAAUUCUCUUCACAGCCACAUUUGUUACCAGGUAAUGAUUGCUAUUCAGGCAACGAACAACGAACUUUAAAGUAGUGAUUUCUUGUCACGCCAACAGCGCCGUUCUGUCAAACAACCUACGACGGUGCGACUCUGCUCGCAACGGAGCAUCGCAAGCGAACAAAUCUGGGCAGGCUCAGGGGAAGUGUAUCAGCCAGAAAUUCGUUUCGAUGAGUAGAUGUUGACGCGUCGUAUACGCGCUGCAUCGAACAUGUCGCACGAAUCUCUAGCGAUUGUCUCCGAACACUUUCCAAUGCGGCCACGGCUUGACUAGCAAGACGUUUAGAUCCGGUCAUGAUGGAACCUAGUCAAGCCAACUUCUGCCAUCCAUAUCAGCCCUAUCCCAUUCAGCUGGAUUUCAUGACCAAUUUGUACCGCUGUAUAGAGGACAAAAAGGUGGCCAUCUUCGAGUCGCCUACUGGCACAGGCAAGUCUCUAAGCCUGAUAUGUGGUGCAUUGACCUGGCUUCGGGAUUAUGAACGUCGUUCUCUGGAUGGCGCCCCAGAAAACCAGAGUGAGUCUGACUGGCUGUUGCAAGCCGAAUAUGCAGCGCAGCGCCAGGCAUUGAUGCUUGAACGAAAGGAGCUUGAGUUCAAGCUUGCCAGGCUGCGAAAGGAAGAAAGUCUUCGGCGGCAGAGAAAGGUCGAGAACAGAGGUGCAAAGAAAGCCCGUACAAUCCAAGCAGGUCUGCAAGACCAUACUUCCGCGGAGGAUGACUUUUUGGUCGAAGAGUAUGAGAGUGAAGGAGACACUUCAAACAUACCUUUAUCUUCAAGCGGAGGAUUCUCGACUGCGACCCAAGCGUUGCUUGACAAAUUACAAAGGCCCACCAAGACCGAGGUGGAAACUGCACAGCAAGAUAGACUCAAGAUCAUUUUCUGCUCUCGUACUCAUUCUCAAUUGACCCAAUUCGUGAAUGAACUCCGGCACUUUGUCAAACACCUCGCCCUGGGAUCGCGAAAGAACUUAUGUAUCAAUCCAAAGGUUUUACGCCUGUCCUCAACUGCUGCAAUCAACGAGCGAUGCCUGGAACUCCAGAAACCUGGUACGGCCAAGGACAAGAAGUGCCCAUACCUCCCGUCCAAGGAAGACAAGGAGAGGGUCGAGCUCUUCCGAGACAAAGUCAUAGCGCAGAUCAAGGACAUUGAGGAUAUUGGCGAGCUUGGCCGGUCUAUGGAACUAUGUCCUUAUUACGCUGGCCGGGCCGCCAUAAGUCGAGCAGAAAGAUCAGCUCGAGAAGCAUUGGGAGUUUCAGUGAAAGGCAAUGUAAUCAUUAUUGACGAAGCUCACAAUCUGAUGGACGCCAUUGCAAACACAUUUUCAGUCUCCCUACGUCUAAGUCAAUUGGAAGAGGCUGUGCAGCAAAUGACCGCUUACGCGGUCCGAUUCAAACAGCGCCUGAAGGGGAAGAACAGAGUCUAUGUCACGCAGGUCAUUCGGCUGCUGAAUUCGUUGACAGAAUGUAUGCGAGGCUCGGUCGGUGGGUCCGCCAACGCAGAGAUUACUGUGACGGCUGCCCAGCUCAUGUCCGGGAAAGGUGCUGAUCAAAUCAAGCCACAUAAGUUGCUACAAUAUCUGCACGAGAGCAAGCUGUGUCACAAAGUGGAAGGGUACGCUGAUGCUCAGAAGACCGGAAGCGAGUCAAACGCCGGCAAGGGGGCCAUGAUGCAGUUCCAGAACUUCCUGAUCGUGUUAAUGAACCCAGACGAUGAAGGCAGGUUCUUCAUAUGCCGACAAGACAAAGAUAUUGCCGUGCGGUACAGUUUACUCGACCCAAGAGAACAUUUUCGCGACAUAGUCGAAGAGUCUCGAGCGGUGAUUCUGGCUGGAGGAACAAUGUCCCCCAUGUCGGACUAUUCCGACUAUCUGUUCUCAUAUAUCGAGCGCGAUCGGCUUGAGACAUACAGCUUUGGACACGUCGUACCUCGGACCAAUCUGUUCGCUCAAGCGGUCGUGACAGGACCUUCCGGGAUUGAAUUCGAUUUCACAUAUGGGAAACGGGGUGCCGAGAGCACGAUCAUUGAGCUCGGGAAUCUGAUUGCAAAGACUUGCAAGGUGGUACCUGACGGGGUGGUCGUCUUCUUUCCCAGCUAUGAUUAUCUGGCUCAGGCUGUGUCCGUUUGGGAAAGAUUUCCAGGCUCUCGUCCUCUCAUACAGUGCUUCUCGGAGAACAAAGUCGUCUUUCAAGAGUCCAAAGGAGUGGCUGCAGAUGAGCUUCUGCGUGACUAUGCGAUGGCUGUGGAUACCGGGAAAGGAGCCUUGCUGCUGUCAGUUGUUGGUGCGAAACUAUCAGAAGGUAUCAACUUUUCUGAUGAGCUCGGGCGAGCCGUCAUUGCAGUCGGUCUACCUUUUCCCAACGCUAAUGGAGCUGAAUGGAAAGCCAAGAUGCAACAUAUCGAAGAGACUCGUUUUCAGCAGCGCAAGCUGGAAGGCAUGAAAGAAGGCGAGUGCAGGGCCGCAGCGAAAACUGCCAGUAGAGACUUUUAUGAAAAUGCAUGUAUGAGAGCCAUCAAUCAGAGCAUCGGACGAGUCAUCCGGCACAAGAAUGACUAUGCCACGAUUCUGAUGGUAGACAGGCGUUUUUCUACGGAUAGGAUCAGGCAGAAAUUGCCAGGAUGGAUCCAGGACAGUAUGUCUCACAACACCCUCAACAUGCCUACGAGACUGUCGCAGACCAGAAAACACCGCGGCCAUGUGUCCGCCGGUCACGGUCGUGUAGGAAAGCACCGCAAGCAUCCAGGUGGUCGUGGUCUUGCUGGUGGUCAACAUCACCACAGAACUAACAUGGAUAAAUACCAUCCUGGUUACUUCGGAAAGGUCGGUAUGAGACACUUCCACCUUACACGAAACCAAUACUGGAAGCCUACGAUCAACCUCGACAAGCUUUGGUCAUUGGUCCCAGAAGAGACCCGCGAUGAGUACAUCUCUGGCAAGAAAACCGACACCGCUCCCGUCCUCGACCUCCUCGCUCUCGGAUACUCAAAAGUCCUCGGCAAGGGUCGCAUCCCCGAAGUUCCUUUGGUUGUAAGAGCACGAUGGGUCAGCAAGGAGGCCGAACGAAAGAUCAAGGAAGCCGGUGGUGUUAUUGAGCUGGUUGCAUAG